UGAAGGCGAAGGAGCAAAACGCAAGAAAUUGAAAUUGGGAAGCGCGUACGAGCAAAAUUUGGUGAAAAAAAUUGUGAAAAGACGUGAAUUUAUGGACGCAAUAUGUGUAAUAUUAUGAGUAUUAAAGUGAUAUUUUCAUGCUGCAUAAUUGCAUGCUAUUGGUGAAGUGAAUUUUUGACAAAAUUAGCAAGCUUGCUUACUGUUCACUGCCGUCGCCGCAGUUGCUGCAUUGGCCGAAGCCGCAGCGAGGACGUCGCGCCCGUCAUCAACGUAGCUAUACAGAGUGGAGCCCGAGACAAGAAGAAACCGUCGCUGCUGCUAUUUGUAUUGCUGUAGCCGACGUAGGCCAUUGUAUGUGCGGCGUGAAUGAACGAAUGGUGUGUGUAUGAGUGCGUGUGCCACAGAAGUGGCAGUGGCAAAACGCGCAGAAACGAAAAAUAAAAAUAUAAUUGAAAUUUAAAUUCGUUGAGUGAAAUAUUUGCAUGUAGUUAGAAAAGUAAGAUAUAUUCGCACAGUUUUUGGUACUUGUAGUACGGUUAAUAAAAAUAAUGUGUAAUUGAUGAAAUAAGCAACAAAAUUGAUAGCUUUAAACCCAAUUGGGGGGAAUUUGUAUUGAAAAUUUUUAGUAGAUGUGGAAAGUAGAAAACUAAGAAAAAGUGUAAAACAACGAGAAGUGAAGGGGGCCAUAAGAAGCUGUAACAUUUCGCUCUGCCUUCGAUCGCGAUGAUAACACCGUGUGUGCGAAAGAGAUGAAUAUCGGGCUUUAGUUGACAGCAACAAACGGAUAUAAAUCAUGAAAAAAUAAAAAAGUGUAAAGAAGAAACUCGGACAAAGUGGAUGACGAAAAGAAAUUGAACAAAAAGGAGCGCAGUGAAGUGUGUGUGAGUGGGAGAAGUGGAACAAACGAAAUUGUGAAAGAAAACAUAAAAAUAACUAUUCCAAAUGCAGGAAGCGUCAACAAAAUGGAUAAUAAAACAAUACAGUUGGAUUUCAAAUUACUGGUAGCGCAGUCGUUAAAUCUGCUCGACAGUCUCGAUGCAGCAUCACAACGUGAUGCUCUUCAUUACCUAUUGCGUACGCUGAAAUGUAAAUAUCCCGAGGUUUGCGAACAGGCGACGAGGUCUCUUUUUCCGUAUAUCGCCGAUGAGUUUGCCAGCUCCACAAAAACGACUAACAAGAAACAGUUGCAACUGCAACUGUUGCUCACUGCCAAAAAGGAAGAGAUUAAAACUGAGGAUGAAGGUUCUACCGAUCUGAAUCAGAAUUUUGAGAAAAUCCUUUGCAAAGAGGAGCUCAUGUGCCUCGAUGAGGAUGACGAAGAUUUGGAUGGUGAUGCUGACAUGGACGCUGAUGUUGCAGGCAAUGAUGCUAACGCAGAAAACUCGUCUUCCAACAAUAGACGCUUACAUUACAGCAAUGUGCGCGUUCAAAAACAAGAUCCGCUGGAUCUUAUACCUUCGUCCAUUAUCGAUACGCAACACUUGACAAAGGCAAAAUAUCGUGCUUCCUAUCAGCACCCAAACGUAAGUAGCAGUGCACGUAUUGGGGUUGACGACAGUAAUAAUAGUUGGGAUGCGAUGGCUGCGUGUGAUCAAGUGAAAAAAUUCUCGCGCCUCCAUAAUAAGAACAAUAAUCACAAUCAUCCGAGGUUGCUUAGUGAAAAGCUCGUUUUCCGUACUGGUGAACAAAAUACUCGAGUUUCAAAAGCCGAAGAUGAUUACUUUUUCUAUCCGGACAAUGAGUGGACCAUACAUUAUCAUCACAGUACGGGCGAAUUCAGUGUGCGGGCCUACAAGAAACUCUUUCGUUUUCGUUUGCAGACAGCCCUAAGUGAAGAGCAUAAACCCUUCUUAAAGCAAUUCUAUAAGAAUUUCAUUGUGUCGGGUCAGCUGAUGGGCACAAGGCCACCACCUCAUGUACUACAGGCACUACGUGAGCAACGUCGGGAAGAAUGGCAACAGAUGCAACAACGCAAAUUGGCCGUUGCAGCUGCUGCAGCUACUGUGAAUGCGCAUAGGCGCCGUCUUUUACCAGCGAUCGCCUUGGACUCGGAGCUGGAGUCCGAAUCUGAGUCGCAAAUGUCGUCGGUAGCACCGCAAGAUACCUUGAAAUUCGAGGAUAUCAUUGAUGAGGGUGAGGGCGCUGAACGUCUAAUGCAUGGCAUGGAAAUGGGGCCGGAUAUCGAAGAUGUGUUGGGCAGUGGCAGCAGCGUCAGCGGUAGUGGUCAUAGCAAUAGUAGUAAUGGCGGUGCUACCACAGAUUUGCCAGAAAGUGUGUCGACGAUGGUGACAACGACAAACAACACAAACACAGUUUCAUUAGUGGGUGGUGAGAGCAUGGCAAGUUCAAGUUUGGGCAGUAUCAGCAACCAUUUGCAACAACAUAAUCAACAGCAACAACAAGGAAGCAACAGCCUUGUGUUAAAUGGCCUUACAGCAAGCAAUAAUAUAAGUAAUCUUAGCUACAACAGUCAGCAAUUAGCAAAUAUUGUCGGUGAUCUUCCGAGUUUGAAUCCUAAGGAACAGAAACAGCAGCAGCUGCAGUGCAUUAAUACUCAGAACGAGCCACGAUGUCGACUGUUGAUAAAUCAACAGCAAAACUUUUCCAAGCAAUACCUGCAAGGACACACCGAUCAACACCCGAGUUCACUACCUUUUCCGAUACUUAACGAGGUGGCGCGAGAAAAUGUUGCAGCUGUGUCUGCCGUGGAUAAUGUGAAUAAUUGUAAUAUCAUUAUCAACACACAUGGCGACAAAAAUGGUCCCAUGAUAUUGCCAGCGUUAAAUAACAGUAGUAAUAGUAGUGGCAGUGUUGGGGACCCUGGAGUUGACACUUCGGCGAUGAAACCAACAACCGAAAGUCUCCAUAACAAUGUGUUAAAUACGAAUCAGUCCCAUUUUCUUGCACACCAACAACAACAAGAGCAACAGAGGCUAAUAUUGCAUAAUCAAAAACAAGAUACUCCACAGCAGCAGCAGGCACACCAGCCGCAGCAACAACAUAACCUUAAUGCGAACUUGCAGCAACAACAAACGAAUCCUUUAACAUUGUUGGGUGGCAUGGCCGAGAACGCACAACAACAAUUGCAGCAGCAACAGCAGGAACAACUUCAGUUGCAACAACAGCGCAUGCAGCAGCAGAGCUCCGCAACAGCUACGUUUAUAAACAGUAUUGACAAUAUACUCGAGGGUAGCAGUUUGCCCGCUGUGGUGCAACAGAAGCAGCCGCAACAACAUUUCAAUUCGGAGUUGCUGGCGCAUUCACCUUCACUGCAGGAACAGGGUCCGCAGCAAACCACAUUGACAGCACAAUCGCAAAUGCAGCUGCAACAACAACGACUGCAACACACUCUGCCAAUGUUGCAUAUGCAUCAGCAGCAUACGGACGCGCUGCAACAACAACAACAACAACUGCAGCAACAGCUGCAACUGCAACAGCAACAGCAAAUCGCCAGUACGUCUUCCGGUUGUGCCGUAACCACACCACCACCGGCAUCGGCAAUGGCAUUGACUAGUGCACUCUCAGCAUGCGCGACACCCAGCAGUGUUAUGACUGGUAUUUCCGCAACUGCGUCUACUUCAGGCUCAAUCUCAUCGAACUCUUUGAAUGUGUCAUUAGGUCUGGACGAAAAUGACUUGUCGCACGAUGAGGAUGAUGACCUAGACGAUCAUGAUUUGGAUGACAUGGAACCGAAGCAACAGCUUAUUGAUGGUGGUAGUAGCAGUAGUACCUCUCUGCAAGCACCGCCUGGUAGUGUAGGGGGUAGCGGCGUUGCUGGCACUGGUGCGGGGGUGAAAAAGGCCAAACCAUGCUAUCAGUGCUUGCAGUGUCCAAAGUCGUACCGCAAACGCAAAUCAUUGUUGGACCAUUAUAAAAUUCAUCCAGGCUUCUGCCAUGAUUGUGGACAACCGAAUGGUACAUCAUUGGAGGAAAUAAUUCAUCACAAUCGUACAAUACACGCCAAGGAGUUUCCAUUCGUCUGUAACACAUGUGGCGAAUCCUAUUCGCGUCGUCAACAAUUCCAUGCCCAUGUUGAAUCUCACAGCAGAAAAGAAUUCAAAAGUGAGUGUGAGUCCUAUUCUUGCACCGAAUGUGGACAAAAGUUUCCGCACAAGAAACUGCAUCAACAGCACUUGGACACGACGGGUCACAAGGCGGACGGAGCAAUUUGUGAAGUUUGUGGCGCAGAUUUUCUCUCGAAGAAUGCACUUUAUCAGCAUAUAAUACGUGUCCACAAAAAAGAUAACUUUUUCGAGUGCCACAUUUGUCAGAAUCGUUUUACUUUGAAAGCGAAUUUGGAGCGCCAUGUACAGCUACACACGGAAGUGAAACGAACAUACGUUUGCGAUAUAUGUGGCUCGUCGUAUUUUACAUAUCCGGCACUGAAAGAUCAUUACAGCAACGCGCACACCGAUGCAUCGGAAUGUAAGUGUACUUUAUGUGGCAAACGUUUCGGUUCAGUGAAGUCACUGCAGCGACAUUUGCCAUCACAUUCGGAGGAGCGGCCGCACUGCUGUUGUUACUGUGAUCAGACUUUCAAGUGGAAAACUCAUUUGGUGCGCCAUAAGCAAACCGUCCACGGCAAUCAACCAUCACCGAAGAAAGUUAAACGUUUCGCCAAGGAUGAAGAAAUGACAUCUACGCCAGAUAUGCCGGGUCCUCCACCUGCGAAAAUUACAAAAAAGUCAAAUGCGAGUAAACCAAAGCAGCAGCAGCAGACGCAGCAACAAAAUCCCCAACAACAGCAAUUACAAAGAGGUGUGAGCAGUGUUUCUACACCGCCGCCCCUGUCCACCACACCAGGCACAUCACAGCAGGAUCCAUUCAAUGCAUCGAUGAUUAGCAACAGUAGUUCUCAAUCUUCGACAGCGUCAGCAUCGGCGUCACAGCAUUCGCUGUCCACCAAUGAAUCUCAGCAGAAUUCCAUGUAUACUCAAAAUUUUAGCGCCGAAAAGUUAAUCGGGCAUCAGACACAACAACAACAACAACAACAGCAGCAACAGCCACAACAAGCAUUGGCUCAGGUGCCAACACAACAUUGUAAUCCAGCAGUAGCAGUAGCAGCUCAACAUGCGCAGCAACAACAACUUCAGCAACAGCAACUACAACAGCAAAGGCCAACGCCGCCACCAGCGCAGCAGCAACAUCAACGUCGCACGCCCAAUACGCCUAAUAAUGGUACACCGGAUGGAACUGGCAGCAGCGGUAACCCCAGCAUCGGCGUCGGGGUCGGGGUCGGUGGCAGUAGUAAUUUGCCCGGCAAUAAUCUUAUGUCGCGGCUGAAUAACUUUGGUCCACCUAGCGGAGCUGGUGUCGGUAACGUAACGGGUGGGCCAGAGUUUCACUUCGACCCCAAUCAUGGUGCAUCUAGCGGUUCAAGCACCGCUAACGCAUACCAACAACAUCAACUUAUUAAUCAAUAUCAGCAGCAGCACCACCAACAACAGCAAGCUGCAGCAUCAGUGGCUGUAGUACAACAGCAGCAGCAGCAUAUGCGCAGCCAUACUCCACAAAGCCCGCACCAACCGCAUCCUCAGCAGCAGCAGCAACAUUUUACGUCUCCGCACCACAUGCCUGCAACACAACAACAGUUACAUCAUCAUCAGCAAAUGUUGCACCAUCAGCACCAAAUGCAGCAGCAACAACAACAGCAACAUCGUCACAAUCAGCAGCGUUCACCGCAUCAUCAUGCUACGCCUACUCAACAGCUGCAGCAACAACAUCAUCAGCCAUCACACUCGCCACAACGCGGACGCUUGCAAUCACCACAACCUCAACCGUCACAAAUGCAGCAUCAACAGCAGCAGCAGCAGCAACAACAACAACAGCAAUUGCAACAGCAGCAACAAUAUGCGCUACAACAACAAGCGAAUGAGCCGGCUUGGGCCAAUAUUGGAUUUAACACAAAUUCGAUUGGUGUUGUUAACACGCAACAAUCCCAGCCACAGCAACAACAACCACCAUCCCAACCACAGCAAGGCGUGGUGGGGGGCUCUCCUAGUAGUGAGCUCAAAGACAACCCCACAAAGUUCUACAUUGUUGAUGCACCCGAUUUCCUUGGCCUUCCAAUGAAUGUCGGCUCCAAUGGUGGUGCGACGGGAGCACCAACACCAAACUCCCUUUCUCAACAACAACAACAACAGCAACAGCAGCCUUCAGUGGGUUCAGGUGGUGGUGUGAAACAGCAGGAAUCACCGAUAAGCGGAGAGCUUAUCAACUUUCCGAAUAUGUGGCCAACGGCUGGUCCCACUACAUCACAAAUGAUGUUUGGAGGUAGUACACAACAACAACAACAGCAGCAGCAGCAGCAGCAGUCACAACAGCAGCCGCAAAACAGUGCACAACCUGGACAAGGUGGUGCCGUUAGUGUUAGUGGUGUUGGCGUUAGUAUUGGUGGUGCUGAUCCGCAUAACUACAACAAUAUUGGCAGCAUACUCACGAAUCUUAUUGAAACCAAUCCACCGCAAAUGGAGUAUAACUUUGAUUUAAUGCAGCCAGGGGCCUCGCAAAUGGGCGUGUCACAGUCGCAGCAGCAGCAUCAACAAAAUUCACUUUCAGCUCACCAACAGCAGCAGCAGCAACAACAACAACAGCCACAGCAUGCACACUCCGCUCAUCAACAUCAACCCCAUCCACAUCAACAUCAGCAACAUCACAGUGCUGCAGCUGCUGCGGCCGCCGGUAAUUAUGGUGCAGCCGGUUUGAUUCGCCACACUAGCAUAUACGGCUCUCCAAGUGGUGCUUCACUAUAUGAUACUAGCGCUGCUGCUGCCGCAGCUGCGCACCAUCACCAUCACCUGCCUUCCCAUCAUCCCAGUCUCGCGGACUUGUCAGAGCAACACCAAAAGAAUAGUUUUCAGCCUUAUCACCCGCAUACCGCAUCACACUCACUGAGCGGACACCAUCCACUUGCGCCGACCGCUCACCAUCCGCUUGCACCACAUUUGUUACCGCCUCCGCCACCGCAUGCAAGCAUCUAUGAUCGCGGCGUUGGUGGUGGCGGAUAUCCUGCGAUGCUGAUGGGUAGUGGCGGUGGUGGUGCUGGUGGCGAAGAGCAAAAAACGGUACUACCACCAAUCAGUGAUUAUAUGCAUCACAUACAACAGCAGCAACAACAACUGCAGUCACAACACCCGCAACAAUCGGACCUAGUCUACUAUCCAGUGAAAAACGAUUGACAUCUAAAGUAGGGCGUGGCGAUGAGUGGGGGGAUAGUUACAAACGAGCAACAUCGUUACAGCGCAAACAGUAGUAGCAUAAGCGACUAUGCAACGCCGAAACGGCUGCUGACAGAAGAGCAAAAAGUAAGCAUAAAUUAUCACCCACAUCAACAGCUGCCGCCAACAUACAGGCAUUACCACAACAAUAAAAGCGGAGAAGCACAUUCGCAUGCACAACAACCGUUACAUCACCAUCUCCAACAUUAUGCUGCUGCGCAUCAUCAACCGCCGCAUGCUUGGUGGCAUGCGGUAACAGCGCUUAGCGCACCUCCACCCGCAACAACGCCACUUGCAGCGGGCGGUGGAGGUGGAGGUGAUGUAGCGGAAGAAGUAAAUGCAGCGCCAGCUACAUUUGCAGCUCCUACAACUAAGAGAGGCGAACAUUUCUAAGCGUAAGUUAGGAAUUGUAAACUGCAAAAUACGUUAUUAUGAAGAAAUUAUAUACAUAUAAAAACAAACUUAUAUAAUAGAAGCUAGGGUUAUACAGACUUCCUACAUCAUUGCGCUUAACUCGAUUUCUAUCUAAAAACCUUCUAACGCUACAGAAUACACGCAAAGGGACCAAUGGUAACAAAAAUAAUUUGAAAAAGGAGUUUUCCUUUAAAAAAUUACUCGUGACUUUUGAACACUUAUCAGCUGAAAUAAAAGUUAGACCUCUAUUCGAAACCGAUUGAGAUAGUAAAUAAUAUAUGAUAUUUCUUCGGAGACAACUUUUCCCAUAAAUAUUUGUUCAGAUUCUGGUCUGCGAGUGUAUAGCGUUUUGGUGCCUAAGCGCCCAUAAGGAUUAGCAUCAUAGACAAGUGCAUAUGAUUAGGGACAGAGAUAAUGCGAGCAUACACAUACACAUGUAAACAAACGUGUUGCAUAAGUUAUGCGAGUUAAUAUAUCACAAAGUUUAAUUUAUAGAAAUUAUGUAAAUAUUUUUAAAACGAAGUAAAAUAUAAAUAUUAUCAAUACAGUUAUAAAUUUACUCAUUUGCACUUAAGCCUCAAAUAUUGUGCUUCAUUAUUCACCCGAUAAACUACAGAAUAGGGCAAUUGUACAGCAAGCAAGCAACAACAAUUGGUGGCGUGUAAUCUUCAUGCCACUAAAUUGACAUCAACAAGUAAAUACAAUGAAAACAAACUCAAACAUAAAAGUACACAAGCCUUUAGGAAGUAAGUUGGAUUGUUUAAUUAUGCCUACUACACCUAAGAGGCAGUUACAUUUUGUUUUAACUACAUAUACACAUGAUAUGUCUAAAUAUGUAUAUGCAUACAUACAUAUAUAAAUAAUUUUAUAAAUAUACGUACAUAUACAUGCUUACUAGUAUAUACUAUAGGGUGUAUAUCAUUGAUUGUACAUAGAUGAAUGCGAAACAAAUCUACACAUUUGCACAUUGUAAGUUUAUUUAAAAUAGCCCAUUCAAAAUUUAUUUAGCACUCCUCAUUAUCUAUAACCUUUUUAUUUAUAUUUAUUUAUAUUUAGGACUCGUAUUUCUAAAGUUAUUACUUGAUUUUUACGCCAGUUUUUCGGUGCUUGUUUAACUGUGAGGACAAAAUCGCUUCAACUUGCUUUAGGUAGAUAUCCAUGUUAAACUAGCACUGAAAAAAUGGCCCUACUGGCCCUCAGCGGGAUUACGGUAUUCUCUGUCAGUAAAUUGACGCCAGUAAUUGUUUUUAUACGUUAAAAAUUUGCAAUCUCUUAUCCACCAGUUAUAUUCGUAUUUCCAUUACCCCAUUACCCAACCAAAACCUUCGUUCCUUAACUAAGAAAACUUUUUUCAGUUAAUAUAGUUUUGAACUAUUCUAAUUUUUCAUAUGCCACUAUUCAAUAAUAUCAAAAUUCACUCCAAUAUUGUUUGUUCUCAAAAUGAAUUAGUGUGACUUCAAAUUUUAAGCAUCCUCUUAUUUUGGUUACACAUAAACUAUUUAUUAAUUUCAUUAUGCUUCAUUACACACAUAAUAUUGAUUUAGUGACUGUUUCAAACGAGAUUCUAGCAAAGCGAAUUCUAAACCCAUCUGAUGCAGGUUUUUUGCACUCUCAUACUUUGAUUGCAACUGUUGAUUUAAAAGCUUUUUGAUCUCUGCCAUAUUCAGAUCAUAGCCCUUGAAUCGUAAUAAAUUAUAGACUUUAUAUGUGAGAAUUUUUGUCUUGUUAUUUUUAUAAUUAUAUACAUAGCACUUGACACCUAAUUAUUGAUUGACUUAGUUCUGCAAGCACCUGGCUUAUUCAAAUCUGCUUACAAUUUUCUUGAAAUUAUUUUAUAUUUUGAAUCAAAUGAAAUUGUGGAAAUAUUACUUGCCAAAAUAAAAACUAUUAAGAAUAAUUUGAAGUCAAUUUGGCCUAUUGAAAAUAUAUAUGUAUGUAUUUAAAAUUUAAAUAAAAAUGCAAUGAAAGUAUGAAAACUAUGCGAAAAAUUUGUUCCAGCUUGUUUCAAAUCGAAUACAAGUUUACUAACAUUUUACACCACUUUGAAAACGGUAACAAUAGGCUGCUUUAAAAAUAUGUUUAUUACAAUACAAUUUAAAGUAAUCCUUUAAAAUGUAUUCAUCCACAUAAUCCUCAACUCGCUCGAUAAUGCGGAAAUAUGAAAUCUAUAUUCUGCAGUGCUUCUCGAAAAUGUAUUCGGCCAAAAUUUUAAUUGAAUUUGGAUUUCGUGUUGUGACAGCUUGUGAGUCGAGCGGAUUUAGGAUUACAGUUUUGACUCAUUUAGAACUGCACGAUUGAACGAUUUGUACAAGAAAUCAAACGAUAAAAUUUUCAGUACUUAAUCGUCAUAAUAAUCUUAUAUUAAAAAAAUAUAUAUAUUAUUUUCUUUUUUUUUACCUCCAUUGGGUAUAACAGUUAUUAUUUACAGUCAAACCUAGACAAGCGCGAACCACGGCGAAAACUCCACAAGUGAGAAGAGUUCCGUAAUUUUAAUACUCGAAAAUGUCGUAUGUAGACGCUACAGCGUGUCAUGUUGUUGUGCUUAGUCUGACUAACAAACAACGCAUUUUCGUGUGCCAGGUCCUUUGUUUUUGGAAACUGUGUUUCUUAAAAAUUUUGUUUGUCUCCUAAACACCCGCAUCCAGGUUGAAGUGUAAUAACUCCUCCCUUUCUUAUUUGGUCUUGACCAUAUUAUUAUUACUUUUUUUUUCUACUGAUUGUUAAAACUUAAACAUUUGGUUAAAUAAAACCUAUCGUUCAAUCGUCCAGACCUACAUAAACAAUUACUUUUGCACUGAAAGUAUAAAUAAAAUGUCAGCUAAUUAAUAAAUUCAUAGUAAAAAUUUGCUAAAAAGAAUAUUUUGCUAAAUAUUCAAAAUUACUCGUAUUGUGCAUCCUCGAAGUUUUUGUCUAAAGCUUAGUACUCUGUUCCCAUUUCACGUGAAAUACCAGCCGAAAUCCAUAUGAAAUUUCCAAAGCACAUUCCUUAAAGGUGGUGGCACCAGACCAACAACAAUGUGCUGUGCAUUUGAUUGUGAAAACAAAGUAUUGAGAAACUAGAAAACAAAUAAUGAAUUCGCCUUUUUUUUCAUUCUGAGCUGACAGCCACAUGGACACGACGAAAGACAAAAAAAAACAACUCAGCUCAUUUACCAACACCACCUUUAAGCGAUUCGCCUUGGAAAUUUAAUAAUUUCACCAGGUGUAAAAAAGUUCGCAACAUGUUGCCAACAUGAUGCUAGCAACAUUUUUCAUCGUCGUUUAAAUUGCAUUUACUGCUGAUUAUUUCAUGAAAAUUGGCAGUUCAUCGAAUUUAAAAAUUGUGUUCUAAUUGAUAUUCAGAAAAAUUUUAAAAAUCUGUCUAAAAAGUAAUCCUGCUUAAAAUAUGGUAAACUUUUUAUUUUAUUACCACAAUUCUUCAGGUUAAUAGAAGAAUGUUUAAAUAAUGGAAAUACCCAAAACUCAAAUAAUAUGAUUUUUAGCGCCUCAAAGUCAAUGGCAUAAUUUUUGCACUUCUAACCAAUUUAAUUUUUUUAUUUAAAAUUGUCCUGUUCUGAUUAUUUGUAUUUUGACAAAAGCUGCUAUCAAAUGUACACGAGAAAUAAAAUAAUAUUACCAGCGAAAUUUCACAGAUGUGAACAGACUACUACCCUUAAUAUUUUAAAGUAGAGAGAUUUAGAGAAGAAUUUGACAAAAUGUUGAUCCUAAUUUAAAAAAUAAGUGUACAUAAAUAUUUAUUUUAAAUUAUGAAACGACUACCGUUACUCUGUUUUUAACAAUCUAAAAUAUUUAUAUACUCAAACUCAAAAAACCUGACGUCGAAUUACUGCAGCCGGCAUUGAAAUUUCAUUUCGAAAUAAGACAAAUAUUCGCUCGACUCAAUAAGUAUAAUGCAAUAGCUUAUUAAUUGGCAAAAUUCCUUGUUUAUUGACUUUUCACUUAUCACUUUCAUGCUCCUAAAUUAUCAUCACUCUCAUAUUUUCAAAAAAUUAAUAUUUAAAUAGCUCCAUCAGUGGAGCUUAGGAUUUCUUUUAUAUUUUGUUACUUUUACUUGACUUCCUGCUCAUUCAAUAUCUGCAGUAGGAUUCUGAAGUUACGUUGCAAACAAAUAUUUUAUACGCUUCGCGAAUUUCAGAAUAUCACUGCAGAUUAACAAAUUAUUUAUCCCGUCCGCGCCAACCAUCCGACCAGUAAUCUCAAAACGAACACAUAUCCAAACUAACUGAAGUUGCUGUAAGAAGUGGCAAGGAAAGCGCUUUCAAAGUUUCUCGAAUACGUGUGAUCCAACGUUCUAUAUUCCUAGUCUGUGAAAGCUAUAUUGGAGGGGUGAAAAUGAAUAUUCUUAAUUGGUCAAUAAAAAGAAACUGCUUUUAAUUCACAUGUUUGCGGUUCGAUCAAAAUAUAGAAGAAAAUCAAUCGGCCGUACACAGGUUAUUUAAGUUUUGUUUAAUCACAGUAUAAAACGUUAACAAAAAUUCAAUGGCAAAUGUUGUGUGUUAAUUUCACAGUAUAUAUGAAUGGGUGGGUGAUUGACUAUCUAUCACUCGGUUUCGAAACCCGCAGUCGGCACAACACACCAAAUGAUAUAAAGUUUUUCUUAUAGCGAUCGCCCCUCAGCAGGCAAUGGCAAAUCUUCGAGUGUAUUUUUUCCAUGAAAAAAACUCCUCAUAAAAAAACCAUUUCCCGUUCGGACGCGGCAUAAAACUGUAGGUCUCUCCAUUUGUGGGACAACCCGCACACCUCAAAUUGGAGGAGGAGCUCAGCCAAAAUACCCAAAAAAGUUGUAAGCGCCAAUUAUAUGCAUGCGUGCACUUACAGUGCUAAAAUUUGUACAAAUUUGUAUUAUAUACACACAUAUUUGAUAAUUAAUUAUUUAAUUGCAUUACUAAUAUUUUAGUAUAAUUUUAGUAAAAUUCAAUCACCAACAAUAUCACACGACAACAACACUGGAAUGAUUUGUCAUUACUUUCUAGGAAGAAGAUGAAAGUUUCACUUUUAAUAAUUGCAAGAAAGUUGUAAAGAAUUUUCACAAACAACUUUGGGGGUAUUAAACAUUUUUGUGAACAAUUAGGCUAAAAAUGCACUUUCCUUGUCAUGUCUGACUGCACCUUAAUAUACUCGUAUGUAAUUAUUAUCCACUUCAUUCCUGGCACAAACAACCUACUGAAUAGUCUAUUUAAACAUGUGAGUUAGGUGCCUGUUUUUUCCAGGCACAUUUUUAUUUUUAUAUAUUUUUGCUUUUUAUUAAACAAUUUAUAUAUUAUAUAAAUGUAGGCUUAAGUGCUGUUAUGAUUUCUUAAAGAAACAAACAGUUUAAAGAUUUGCAGAGUAAAGAAGCUAGAAAUCUCCUUUUUCCUAUCUACCUACUAUUCGUACUCUAUUUACAGCCCAUUAGUCUAGCAUGUACGUAGUUUAAGCUAACACCCAAAAAUCAAGAAGAAUCUUAAAAAAUAUGUAACUUAAUUGUACAGAUUUACUCAUCAGCAUAGGCUAAAAAUUAUUUUUUGUUUCAUAUCUUUCCAAUCACAUUUCCUUCAUUCUCUCACACUAAGAUUUGCUAAUUUGUGUAUACUCGAUUGCAUAUGGCUUGAAUGCAACAAAAAAAGAUGCAUACCCACAAUAUAAAUAAUCAUUGUUCUUGUUAAUACAAAUACAAAUACAAAUACAUAUAAUGAAAACAAUCAUUAUACAUAUAUAAAAAAAAAAAUGUUUUUGUUUUUAUCAAUUUUUCUUGUAACUCAUAAGCAAUUUUAUAUAAAGAACAACCACAAAAGAGAUGAUUAUAUUGAAAACAAAAAAAAAAAAAAAACAAAUAAUAAAAAUAAACACGAACCAUAUUUAAAUUACGUGCAUAGUAAAGAAAAAUUAGUUUAUGAAAAUAAAAACAAAUAAAUAAAAAAAAUACAAGAAUAAAAACACAAAAAAUAUUUUAAAUAAUACUGUAAUAGUUUUAAGAACAACAACAACAACACAAACCUACAAAAUAAAGCAUACAAAUUAAGUAAAGAGUAAAAACAAACAUCGCUAGAAGUGGUAGCAUUGGAAAAAAGAUAAGAUACGAUUGAAGAUUUGUAUUGUAUUACAAACAGAAUAUUUGUAUAUUUAAUAAAAAUGAUAGUGAAAUAAAUGCGAAUAUCGUUUUAAA